AUGGAAUCUAGUGCUUUAUUGAGUGUUGUAAGUUCAAGUUUUAUCAGAGGUAGAAGUAGGGGCAAGAAAAAAAUAUAGAGUCACUGAAAGAACUCGCCAGCAUAACGACUAAGCCGCUUUCUUUUGCAACCCGCCAACUUCGGGCAUCGGUAAAAGUGGUCACAUACACUAAUUACAAUUACACAUAGACACACGAGGACCUGGGCAACAAUAUGGCUCCACCAACAACGAGUGACGAAAAAGUGUCGUUCUUUGCGAGGCAAGCUCUCUCGAGCGAAAUACAGCGAGGACUAGACUUCCUCAAAUACGAUUCGGUCGAGGGCAUGGGUCGAGAUUGGUCGCUCCUUGUUGGCCAGAAGCUUGGCAAGCUGCAACAACUGAAGGUACUAGUACUUCCAUAUUUCUUACUUCAGAUUGAGGACAUAAUUUUGAUCAUCUGUUCCGUGUCUCGUUAGAUUUCUAUCAGGUAGGGCAUCUGAGCCAAAACGAGGAUGCUCCAGCCUUUGCGCGCAAUGGAUGCCCAUUCCAAUCGCAAAAAAAGGCCACUCUCGCCCCGCCUUGUCGCCUUUGCUCGGUUUGGGUUCGCUUAGUUUUCUUCCUUUUUAGCUGGAGGCGCGCUUUUCCUUCAUUUUGUUUGCUAAUCUAAUGCUGGCAUAUUUGUACUAUGUGUUGCCUUAACUUUUCAUCUCAAAAAUUUUUGCGCUUUUCAAGUAUAAUCUCUUUGGGAUCGUAAUCAGCUAAAACAAGUCGCGUCCGACCUAAUAAACCUAGCCCCAUUAUAGACCCAACCGCUCGGGGAAGAUCUUGUUAUUGAGGAUUUGACUGCUUGAUGGAUUGAUUUGUUGAGCGCAGCCAUACGUGUACCAGAACAAUCGAUCCUAGGCAUUAACUAUGCGGUUGGGUCUCUCUGUUGGCAGGUAACGGGCAACAAGGACGAAGCCUUGAGCCAGUGAACUACAGCUAGUGCAGAGUUGCAGUGAGGGUCAAAACUACAACAUUAGCCGAUGCGUUUGCCUGUGCUUUGAUGCUGUAAUAGUUAAUCUACGUACUUGAUAUUAAUUUCUUCUACUCGUGUUAACUCUGCAGGGAUCUCCAGGCCAGCCGCCUGUUAGUUGUGGAAUUGAGAAUACCGGGGUUUUGGACGAAGUAAUUUCAGAGGAUCAACAUGCUGAGCUUGAGCAGGUAGUAAAGUCUUCGACGGUGAAGCAACAGCAUCCGCACGGAUUUGGGGUCGAAGAUUUGACAGUUUCUAGCUGCAGCAUCGAGACGGUGGUAAGUGUGGAGCAUCCUGCCACCAGUGGGAGCGACAGUGAGCCACGAGAUUCCCAAGUCACUAUUGGAAAGGCUUGUGCAAGUCCAGUGAUGAGUGCACCAGGUGGAAUUCUUGGUCAACAUCAUCGAGACAAUGAUGUCACCGACGAAGCGCAACUGCGUGUCCUAGAUACAAAAACAAGUGCUUUUCUAGCCAGUGGGCGUUGUGAAUGUGAUUUUUUACAACCCGCUGUAGAUGAGGGAGAACUUCGAGAUCGGGACAGCGGUGGAGUGUCAUCCCAUGGAGCGAUGCACCACUCACGCAGCACGACCGAUCAUGGAAGGUCGCCGCCUCUUGGUUUUGGCUUUGGACAUGGUCAUGAGCUCCGCCACUUGAAGAGCCGAAAUUCGUUCACUCGCAGUAGGAGUAGCCCAGUCCUCUUUUACAAGGACAUGUACAACUACACGGACUAUCGCUCCUCGUCUGGUGGUUCGUCAGUCGAGAUGGAUGGGCUUUUACAAGAGAGUCAAUCAAGCAAAAGUUUUGGGAGGAAGUCCUCUGACCGGGAAAAGCGCUCUCGUGGAAGCAAUUCCCACAAUUACCACAAUUUUUACGACCAGCAUUUUCACCCCGCAGCACCACGUUCCCCUAAUGAUUCCAUCGCGGAUGGUGGCGACGUGAACCUUCGCGACAAUGGAAAUGCCUCACUUUCGUCGGGUCGUCUUAGCCCACCUUCGUCGUCGACAUCCGAAUCAUCUACUGGGAGGUCUUCGGCUCUAGGCGGUUCGAGCGCUCGCGAUAAACCUGCACGGCCAAGCUCACUGAUGUCCAAUAGCGAAUAUCGUCGAAGUUGGUGGAACAGUUUCAAGUACGAUCUGGGUCGCGACAUGCGAACUAAGCGGCCGGCGGAAGGUGGCUUAGUCGAUCGAAAUGCGCACCGAAUCACUAGUAAAGUUUGGUCGAACUGCACAACCAAUUUGAAUUCACUUUCAACCUCUUCCUCCUCGAGUACAUCCUGCGCAUCAUCCUCUUCAAUUUGCCCGGUGCAUCAUGUAUGGGACGGGGCAGGAGGUACGACUUCAGCAGUUGCAGACUUUAACAAUGCAGCAACAUCAGGAGCAAAAUAUGGCGGUCGUCGUACUUGUUCGUCGGUCGAAGACCAAGAUGACUCGACACAUCAAUCACAUCAAGACCAACGUCUGCAGCCUGGUCCUGCUACUUUUUUGAGAGAAUAUCCGGACGCUGCGCUCGGGUCCAGCUUUCUGAACUCUUCCUUAUCUUUCUCCCUUCUGGAUACAGCACAAGCUAGAAAUGCCACUAAUUCUAAAGGUACGAGAAACAAGAAGAUGACCACCUCUCGCUCCUGGGCCCAUCUGCACGAGCGGGGACGACGUCAGAGCGACAACACAUCAUCAGCGUCCUCGUGCAUUCAUGAUCCGGCAAUAGGUGGACGCGGUAUUCAUAAGAAUCUUGGAGGAGACGCAGAUCAAGGCGUAGAUGUAGAUGAGGACCAGGAUCAAGAGGUCGACGAUACGAGUUCGUUGCGCGAAUACACUUUCGCCCGUUGCUUGAGCUCGCGGAGGCGCGAAUCAUCUCCUCCAAUGCGAGCAGAGUUGGUCCGCCGAGUGCGAUCACAACAGCGCGAGAUCCGGCAUCGAGAUCGCGAAAUUCGACGCCUGGAGUGCGAAUGGCAACGCGACGUCUCCCGUCUGCGUCAGCAAAUUGGACUCAUUGCAUUGCAAAAAUGCAGUCAAAAACUACCACUUUCGUCCUCAAAAAACAAGACGCCAGCUCCUGUAGUGGACGUGGGCGGUGCUGUUGCCGUCAGGAACGAUCAAGGCUUCUUUACGAACAUAAACAUAGAAAGCAUGUCUACGGAGCAAGGCCAAAGACGUGGCAUUCAGGAACAAGCUCCUACUUCCGACAUGAAGACGAGUGCGUCGAUAUCGAACGAAGGCGUCGCAUCAGAGCCACAGUACAUGAAGAACCUCGAAUGCUCCAAGCAAGAGGUCGCGCGAGUUGUACUCGAUGACGCCAGAUCGUCCCCGGGGACGAGCAGUCUGCAAAGCGAUUCUACAGGGACUAGUUUGCAAGAACUGCACGCCUCAUAUUACGAACAGGCAGCUGCGUCUUUGGAAUUGGAUGCGAAACAAGGACGAACUCAAGGUCAAGCAAUUCCUGUUGAAAACAGCAAAUUUAACACAGAACCAGGAUCGAUUUCGGCCUCAUCAGCCUCGUUGUCGGUUGUCUCUCGACGACAGACUUUUUCGCAUUCCGCGAGCUCCCAUCUUUCGCUUCAGGACCGUGAGCCGCAUGGUCGGCAAAAUGGAGAUACCGGUCGAGAUGCUCUAGAAUAUCAAAUAAAACAAAAACUAGCACCAUUACCAGAAGCACAGCAGCACGACGAACUAGGUCGACAAGAAUGCCUCCAUGUCCAUUUUCAAGCGCAGCAACACCAGGAGGAGCAGCAUCAAUAUGAAGAAGAAUUUUCGUUCAUAUCUGGGCUGUCUUCAGUGCGCGAUGAAAUAGAAGAACAUCAAGGCGAAACGCCUCUUUUCACAACGGUCCAGGCCGAAGAGCUGAAAACGUGCCGGCUUGAUGCGGAGAGGUGUGACGAAUCCAAUGUUGACGACCCAACGACAACGACGCUCCGCGAGCCUCCGACAAGCGAACAGCAACAUACUGAGCAGCGACGUGCUGUUGUUCAUAGUGCAGGAGUAGAAAGUGACGAAAAACGAAAGCAAGUUGGACAAGCGAGUCCGCUUCUGAACAACGUUGUUCGCUUGAAUAAGCGGUACUUAUCAAGCGAGGAAUCCUCGUCCUGUCUGAAUAAUGGUGCUUCGGGGGGUUCUAGACAGACAACAACCUCUAGUAAAAAGGGCCAGGGCGAGGAUAGUGCCAUUUGCACCUCUGAUGAAAGUAAAAACGGGAGUUGUAAAAGCGCCUACAUGUUUAGCAGCAAGAAUGAUUGUUCAUCUAUAGCAACUACUUCCAAAAACAGUGAUUAUUCACCGAGCAUCGUGACAGUGAAAUUACCAGCAGGCAUCGAUGAGUUGACACCGACGACAGUGGAGCAAGAUCCUCAUCUUAAUACUCUUGGCGCUGGUGAAGGACGAGUCAGCACUGAGUUACAGACGCUUCGACGGAACGAGGUUCCUGUGCAACUGCGUGAUCCGCAAGCGACUGUAAGUACGCAAAAAAGCGAGCCAACUUUGCCGCCUCAUCAUCUUGCUGGAGGGAACGAAGACCUUCAACGGCCGUCCGACCAUUCGUCGUCCUCUGAUAUUAAGAUGAAGCAGCUACUUCAGCUUCAUCCACGUAGUCGUGGUGGUGCGCAACCGGCCUGUUUCUCUUCUACGUCCACACUUGGAACAACUAGCGACGGAUCCUCUGCGUCCGUCGUGCAAGUCGUAUCGGCGGAUCACUCGACCUCUGGCUCUGUGUCUGUCGUUCGAGAGCACGCGGGUGCAACGCCGCAUCCUGGUGCGGCCUUAAAAGGCGCAGGCGGCUCACUUGUGGUUGGCUUUGCUAGUACGCAUCCGGAACCAGCAGCACCGCGUCGACAAGAACAUGUUGACCCAGCUCGUCCACCUGCAUCUUCAUGCGCAACUUCAUCGGCGGUUGCAACAGUAAAAGAGGAUGAGUCUCCGUCUGUGGUCACAACUACUGUCUCAGUUGGUAGCAGUGGUGUAUCUACUCUGCGGGUUCUUGGUACCAGUGGUCCGCGAGACGGGGAGCUUCAAAGUAUUCGUGUUGGUUCCGCAAAAAGUGACUACAUCGCGAGAUCUGGUUGUGUACGCAAGAUCAUAAGCAAAUCUGGAGGGCAGUGCUUCGUGAACGCGUACGCCUCUCGAAAAAUGGCUUCCACGUCUCCUGUACCGUCACUAGAAGAGAGUCUUCGACGCCGCCAAGCAGAAAUGCACCAGGAGGGUAAUAUAGGACUUCAAAGUUCAUCACGUUUGCCAACUAGGGUUGCUGGUUCGUCAGCCAGCCUGCCAGAAGGCUCUGAGGACGACAGGGCACGGAGCACUAUCCCAGUUCCGGAACGUAGUCCACACCUUUCUGACAUGUCGAUGUCUCGCGACAACAUUGUGGCUCAGGAGCAGGUGGAAAGGGAGGAUAUCGCGACAUCAAACAAAAAAAUCACAGGAAAUGCUCCGAUCAUCAUGUAUGCCGGCCAUGCCAUCAACAACUACAACAAUAAGGACGACUCCAAUCAGCAUGAGCAUGAGCAGAAGAUGAACAAGAAAGGAGCAUUGAAAGGAUAUAUCACGUCAGCUAGUGUCGUGCCUCUCUCCGAAUCACGAUCAGCACCGGAUGUCCAUGGGUUCGGAAAUGCAAGCGCGCUAAGCCCUAUCAUCUGCCAUCGCACUACACUGCUCGAGGAUUCCCCACAAAGCAAGCGCGGUCCAGUUGUCGGCUUUCUUUUAGAUGAAGAAACACUUCGAGAUGAGCAGGAGCAGGACGAGCAACAAAUCCAUAGUUCUUGUGCGAAUUAUGUGGCGGCGAACAACACGGCAGGAGGUGGUGGACGAAUCACAGCAACCACCUCCAACAUCAAAAUCAAGCCCACCGACAAUCAACAACAAGACGUAGAUGAGCCGGCCAUAAUCGUAGUUGAGGACGAUUGCAUCGAGGACAUGAAAACUGAGCAAGAUCAUGUAGCUGCCACGCGGCAUCUCAAACCUCACCAGAACAAGAGGGUGGAAUGUCAACUACAAAAACAGGCCGCGAGUAGCAUUAACAAGUCGCUUUUGAACAACACCUGUUCUUCCAGCAAGAGCAUGCUGCAUGACACUGACUGGAAACGACACGUGCAUGCCCGCGAACGCGACUUGUGCCUUCGUGAAGCUGCUGUUUUCGCAAGGGAAGAGCAAGUCAAAGACUGGGAGGCCCGUCUCUGGCUUGUCCAAGACGAACUGGAAAAGGAGCGGCACCUUGCGCGAGUACGAGAACAGAAGCUGCAACUGGAGAUUGAGGAUAUCGAACAGUAUCGAUGCGAAUUCGAAAAACUCAGGACAGACUUAAUCCAUCGCGAAGCAGAGCUUGGCGAGCGCGUACGCCGUGUUGCGCCAGCAGAAUUGGAAGCACUCUUAUCGUGUGGGACGAACGGAUUACCGAAACUAUCGAACAACAAAAAACUAAAGGAAUCGUUGUUCUCGGAGAAAAAUACGAGCAAAGUAAAAAGAAAUAAAGCGUCAGAGCGAGUUGUUCUGAGCAGAAAUGAUGAACAAGUCCAAGUGUCCGAACACGGCCAGGACCAGGAGCAUCUACAUCUACUCCAGGAGAAAGAAUUCGACGAUGUUGAAGAAAUGAAAUAUUGGGACGAGCGAGACGAAGUUCGCGCAGUGUCCGGAUCGUUUCAUCAACAGACAGUGACAAAGAGUGAUGCUGCAUCAUCAAAACGAACCGAGCAGGAACCACCAAGAGUACUGCUUCAUCUAGAUGGAGUCAAUUGAUAGCAUAUGAGCAGCUAUAUAUAACAGAGCAGUUUAUAGCACACAUGGCGCAUGAUGGAGUAGCAUGGAGUGCAUGGAGCGCAGAUCUCUAAGGGACGCAAGAAGCGCGCCCUUUAGCUCCAUGCAGCUCCAUGCGAUCCACGAUCCACUCCAUGCCAUGCGAGCUGGCAAACCGAAGAAGAGUGCUGCUGUCAGUGUCUGUCUAGUACUUUUCUUGGUUUUGAGUUUGAUGUUAGAAGAGAAGAUGGUUGUAUCUAUAAAUUUUGUUUUAUGUAUAUAUAACGAACAAGAAUAAUCCAAGUCCUCGUCCCCCAGGAGGAGGAGCUGCACUUGUGAAAAUAUCAAAAUCAUUCUUCACACCAUAUCCUUCAGCUUAGCGUUGUCGCGACCGCCGACUUGGAACGUCUGGACAGUAGAGUACGCCGCUUUGUCCGCAUGUUGAGGUGGGAUUGUGAUGCGAAGAUGCGCGGGCUACAGGAGGAAAAUGAGAGACUUCACAAUGAGGUGAAUAUCUUGUUGGGAGAAAAGUCUGCAGAAAAAAAGUUGCGGACGGACGAUUCUAUUGACGCCUUGUUGAAAAUGGAGAUGGACGGGCGGCGCUACGGGGAAGAACUUGGGGAUCGCGAUAUGCAGAGUUCGGAGAAUGAAGAUGAAGCCAGUAGUUCUUGUAGCUCGGUCUCUUCGUCUGACAGUGGUGGGCAAGAAGUGUUGAAUGACAACGAUAACUACAAGGAUCAGGAUGACGAUCAGGGGAGAGAUGUUGAACAUUACGACAGACUCGUACAUCAUGACGUUGAGCAGCUCGAGGAGCGUGAUGCGACGCGUAGCCAGAUCAUGAUGAAAGCUAGCAAGAGCCUCCACACGGCGUACUCAGGAGAACGCCCGCCAGCUGGGGGAAAUGAACAACCUAGCGCUGCCACGAUCAAUACUGGAAAGAACUCAUUAGACACAGGCACAUCGAGUACAUUUACUUCGCGUGAAAUCAAAGGAAAUAGCAAGGAGGAGCGAGUGGCCGCGGUCAAGAACAAUUCUGCCACAUCUAUUCGCAGUGAUCAAGUGCAGGAAAAGUCCAAACUGCAACACGAAGAGGUUACGGCGACUUUCUCCCGAAUCAUGUCCGUGCCCUCACGCAGAACUCCACCUGGUGCGAGUAGCGAAGAUAUAAGGACAGCUACUAGAGUUUGCUCAACCUCAAGGUCAAGUGCUGGCGGACGAGGAGGGGGACGUGGUCAAGCAGGCGCGUCUCUAGAAGUAGGGUCCUCGCAUAAUUGUUCUCAUCGUCUUAAGUUUAAGAAGCAUGCGCAGGAUCCUCCACUUAAACAACAACAUACAACGGAAGCACCAAAAGCACAAGAAGAACUAGCCGUGUCCGACGAGAACUACCUCUGCGAAAUAAAUGACGAAGAUGGUCGUGCGCCACUGCUGAAUUUAGAGCCGUUCGUUUUGUUUAAAAGUCAAUGCCAGCGAGCGCGCGAGCACAGUCGCCAGUUGCAGCAGACUCACAAAGCAGCGGGGAUGCAAAAGCUGCGACAAGCGAUUAACUCGACGAAUGCACGUCUGAAGAAAGGCGCGACAACGACCCAAAAUCUUUGCGCUGCUGCUUCCUUGCCGAACUACAGAACGAAUCAACAAGAACCUGCUGUAGUGAUCAAAGGCAAAGCACGACCUAACAAGAAGACGAAGCAAGAUAAUGCACUGGAUGAACCCGUCAAAGCGAUUGCGAUUUCCUAUGGCGACCAACAGAAGAACGGCCAUGUAUUUAAAAAUUCUCAAGAGCAGGUGCCAUUUAAAUCUAAUGGCCCAGCAGCGGAAGGGGAAGGGGAACAACAACCAGAACCAGCAGUGCUUGCCCUACAAAAACAAGAGAGACCACCAGUUUCAUCUCAAGCUCAUGUUCCAAGCAUGUCUCAUACGCUCACGACUACAUCCGCAUAUGGAGAUGGACAACAAGACGAUGUCAAGAACAGCCUUUGCAUUCAACAUGACAAGAUUAGUCAGACUUUGGUUUCUGCUGCUUCCACCGGACCGGGGCCACGCAGGUACCUGACUGCAUCGCGAGCGUCGCGCAUGUCCUCACUGCGGGGCUCAGCAUCGGCUUCACCUGGAGAGGCAGACGACACUACUGUACUCUAUUAUGAAGAGCAAGACGAAAGCAGGCUUUUUCCGACUGAUGGAGUGCGCCAGUACGUCACGCGACCAUUGCCAGGAAAUGCCACUGGUGUCGAACAAACUACAAGACUUAUGCGAUAAUAUGGUUUUACAUUUGAUGACGAUGAGUUUGAUGAAACCCGAAAUUUUUUGUCUCUCUUGUUUAAAUACGAGACCACCACCACCAUGACGAAACCAUAAUAAUUAAAAGUGUGUGACUUGUGUUUGUGACUAUUGUACUUAUAAUAUCAUUCUUGCGAAUAACGUCAAGACUUCGCGGUUGCAGUGGAUCUUUUUCUUGUUCGAGCAGAACGCGUAUUCUAAAUGAGGUUUGGUUUUCGACCAUCUCUAACAAUAGCAGUCGCCGACUAAACACGAACAGUGCGAUGAAGAACAUGGUGAGUGGGAUGCUGCCACGAGGGUCUAGAAUGGAGCAAUUUUUUGCGCGCGAUGAAGAUUUCCAAGAACGUGACCGAUUAGUAGAAAUAGAAGAUUCUACCUCCUGCCGCUCCUGUCUUGACGAUAUCAACUAUCACAACAGCGUCCAGGAUGACACAUUGCUACAUUCUUACGCUGCCACUCGUCAAAUUCCGACGUUGCUCGGAACUCGCAUUGAAAGCACACCCUUGCCACUCGAACAACCGGAUCGCAAAAGCGCACCGCCGAGACAGCGACCUGACCUGCCGCCGUAACAAAAUUAAGGACUCAAGAACGAACUUAUUUGAACAACUCGAUCUGGAUACGAAGGUAACAUUUCUUGUACAGAACUACCGGACACGAAGAAAGACUACCGAAUCAAUCAAGUUUUGACUGCUUACUCAGGAUUUCUACUUCGUACUCAAUUGAUUUUUCGCUAUUUCAAGAAAGCGACUUUCCCUAGUUGUAGCAUCAUCUAUAACUUGCAAGACACUUCUCGAUGCUGUCGAGGGAUAUCACGCAAAAGGAUUACAGACAAUAUUCAGAGAUUUGUACUUCCACAUGCACAUGCGGGAACAUUUUGCGUCAUCAAAGUCAGAAAGCUAAAGAAAUGCAGUAAAAUAAAACAAGUUUAUUUUUCAUUUCAGAGUAGUUUAUAGCACGCAUGGUGCAUGGAGUGCAUGGAGUAGCAUGGAGUGCAUGGAGCGCAGAGCUUUAAGGGGCGCAAGAAGCUCCCCCUUUAGCUCCAUGCUACUCCAUGUGAUCCAUGCACUCCAUGCCAUGCGAGCCGUGAAACCUUAUAAACUGCUCUAUCAUUUUCAUACUCCUGUUCGUGCUCGCAGACGCAGAGUAAGUAGAAAGUAGUUUUGAGUUUUUUUGCUUCGGCAGAAGCCAUGACCACGACUAAGCACAUACCUACUCAUGAUUUAAUAGAGCCAUCACGAGUACAUACCUCAUGAUUCGAACCUGAAGUAUAGCAUAAAAAAGUCGUUGUGAGUUGUUGUUCUAAUAUUGAAGAUGAAUUCCGCUCUUACAUUUGCACAGGAUUGUAUAUCCAGUGAUGAAAAUUUUCUCGAGAAGAUAAUUUUCUUCCACGAACAUUAAAUGUAGGUACUUACGUUAAAUUUCUGACUCGACGGAUGAUUGUUAUAUAUAGUUUGAUAUUACAUUUUCUUUUUGUAUAUGUAUCUAUAAUGAUACUCGCGUUUCCGACCUCAUUAAAGAAGUAGAGAAAAAGAAUGAACCUCCAGAAUUCCAUUCAGGCAUGAGUAUAGCAGAUGUGUUUGGGGAGAAACAAAGUCAGCUGAGGGACCACGCGCUAACACAUCUACGUCGACGUCGCCACAUCAUGAUAUCACUUAUGUUCUCUUCUCCAGGUCGAGGAUGAAUCAUGAAUUACG